ACUAAUUGUGGUACUAAUUGGGUAAAUCAAUAACUCUUUAUCGGCCACAGAUAAGGUGGACACUGGGCCUAUACAGUAUACAAUUACUAUACAUAUUAUAACAUCGGUAUAGCCGUGGAGAUUACAUUUGAAAAUAUCAUACGUAACGAAAAUUUAUAUAGAUUAUUACUUUAGUAUGUGUACAACUGUCGUCGUAUUUACCACUUAUUUAAAAUGGCUAUCGAUAUUCAAACUGUUCGCACAACUUUCAACGAAAAACUGAAAAAUAUUCUCACGAGCAAACGAGAUGAUAAUAACUCAUUUUUGUCUACUAAAGACUACAAUGAUGUUAUUGAACAAGUUAAAAAAUCAAAAAUGUGUUUAAAAACUGUCGGUGAAGCUAAAACAAUGAAGGACUAUCGUGUAGUACGUAAGUACGAUAUUUUAAAAAUAAAUGGAAAAGAACGUCUUAUUAGACCAGUAGACGAAAAAAAUGUUGUAUUGUAUUACGUUAAGAUUGACGAACUGUUUGAUAUUCUUCACGAAACACAUUCUGCCAUCGGCCACGGAGGACGAAAUCGUAUGAUGACAGAACUGAAAAAUAAAUAUUGCAAUAUAACAAACGAAACAGUUAUGGUUUAUUUAAAAUUAUGUGUUCAAUGUCAGAAAAAAGCAGUGCACCCAAGAAGAGGAUUAGUAUCUAAACCAAUUUUAGAGUCAACUUUCAACUCACGGGCACAAGUUGACCUUAUAGACAUGCAAUCUCAACAUUAUAAUGACUAUCGUUUCAUAAUGAAUUACCAGGAUCAUUUGACUAAGUACGUAAUAUUGAAACCCUUAAAAUCAAAACGCGCUGAAGAAAUCGCUUAUAAUCUUAUCGAUAUUUAUACGUUAUUUGGGGCACCUGCAAUAUUGCAAUCCGAUAACGGGAGAGAAUUCGUUAAUUCGGUGAUUAAUGAACUUCAUAUAAUGUGGAAUGAAGUCAAAAUCGUUCACGGAAAGCCAAGACAUAGUCAAAGUCAGGGGUCAGUUGAACGAGCCAAUAGAGACGUCCAAGAAAUGCUAGCUGCUUGGAUGGGUGAUAAUAAUAGUUCCGAUUGGCCAUCGGCAUUAAGAUUUAUUCAGUUUAAAAAAAAUAGAGCUUUUCAUUCAGGCAUAGGUAGAACGCCAUAUGAAGCGAUGUUUGGCUGCACGGCUAGAAUUGGUUUAAUGUCGUCUAAUCUUCCAAACGAUGAAAUAAAAGAGGUCAUUACGGAAGAAGAUUUAGAAAAAAUAACCAAUGAACCAAUCACCGAAGAAGACGAAAUCGGAAAUGAAAUCAUAGAAAUCGUAGAAAAAAAUUCGGAACUUGGUACUUAA